AUGGGGCAAUGUUUGAGGUACCAGAUGCACUGGGAGGACUUGGAAGAAUACCAGGCCUUGACCUUCUUGACCAGAGAUGAAAUCCUGUGCAUCCACGACUCCUUCCUGAAGCUCUGUCCCCCUGGGAAGUACUACAAGGAGGCCACCUUGACCAUGGACCAGGUCAGCUCCCUGCCGGCUCUGAGGGUCAACCCUUUCAGAGACCGAAUCUGCAGAGUGUUCUCCCACAACAAUGUGUUCUCCUUCGAGGAUGUGCUGGGCAUGGCAUCCGUGUUUAGCGAGCAGGCCUGCCCCAGCUUGAAGAUCGAGUACGCCUUCCGCAUUUACGAUUUUAAUGAGAACGGCUUCAUCGACGAGGAGGACCUGCAGAGGAUCAUCCUCCGACUGCUCAACAGCGACGACGUGUCAGAGGACCUCCUGACCGACCUCACCAGCCACGUCCUGAAUGAGUCAGAUCUGGACAAUGACAACGUGCUGUCUUUCUCAGAGUUUGAACACGCGAUGGCCAAAUCUCCAGACUUCCUGAACUCCUUUCGGAUUCACUCCUGGGGAUGCUGA